AUCCUGAAAGCGAUGUUGUUCAAUUAAUUAAGGACAUCCUUUAAUUGCGCACGAGGAGUGAAAUUUGAUAAACGAGGGGGAAAAUGUGAUGAAAGGACGUUCGUACAAUGUAAUUAAAUUGAAAAUAGUUUAAACUAAAAAUGGGAACAAGACCGAAAAUGUACCAUGAAAGGAAACCUGUUGCUGACGUGAAAUUUGUGUUGGGAGACGAAUCAACUGUUGAAUGCCUGUUGACACGAUCUGUCCUAUGUGACAGAGGAUAUGAUGCUGCUGAUGUGGAUGAAGAUGAUAAAAGUGUGAGCUGUAAUGCAGAUGAUGAUGAUGAUGAUGAUAUUUUAGAUGUGGAUGAUACUGAAACAGAAAUGAUGAAAGAAAUGGGUUUGCCAAGUCAGUUUGGAAAUCCUCAGAGAAAUCUGGAUUCUGGAAUUGUGAAAAAAGAAACAAAAACAAAGACAAAGAAGAAACCAAGAAAAAAACACAGAAAAAGGAAGAAACAAAGAAAUUCCUCCAAAGAAUUUGAAGAUGUUGAGAAAAGUCUUGGAGAAUGUUCCACGUCAUUGGACACCGAGAUGAGUGAAGAAAGUCAGUCGUUAAUCGUUCCGGUUGAACUAUUUCAGUCAAUAGAACAGAACAAUAGUAAUUUUGAUGCUGUUUGGCAAGAUUAUUGGUCAAAUUAUGGGGAAUAUCUGGUGUGGCAUGGAUGGGUCAGUAAAUACCCUGACCAAAUUGAUGCUGAUAGUUAUGCUGUGCCUCCAAUAGCUGAAGUGGAAGUGGUCAGCACAAACGAUGGCUGUGACCUGAAUAAUGAGCAAGAAACAAAUAAUUCGGUGCCAGAGAAUGGUUUUCCUUCUGAUGUUGGUCAGAAUUUCAAUGAAAAUAAUAGCAACAUUCUUCCACAGAAUGAUGAGACGAAUUCUCAGUCCGAAUAUUUACAAAGAGAUUCUGAUGCAAACCAUUGUUUGGAAGAAGAGAAAACUUCUAAUAUCAGUUUAUCUAACUCUGAAGAUGUUUCUGGACGUCAAGACCAAUGUCCAGUUUAUCAACCUUGUAGUCAACAAACCACAACAGCUGAAGAACAAAUAAACCAACAAAGAACUUCUGCAGAUCUUCACCAAAAUGGGAAUCAAGUUUGUCGUGAUGGAGAAGAACUGGUGCACAAUAGUGACCAACCAAAUAUGAAUGGACAUCAAGGGAAUUCUAAAUCUGUGUAUUGGUCAUACAAAACCCAAGGUCGGACUUUUGAUGCAGCCGUUGAAAGCACAAUGGCGCGGUGUACGGAAAGUGGAAUGCUGUGUGAAGAAUCUUCGAAAUUUUCUGAACAACAAGGAAAUUGCUCCGAUUCUGCUACCGGUAACAAAGAAUCUAAGCUUAUUGAAAUGAUGCAUUGCUAUUCAAUCAGUAAAGAUCAUGUUGCUAACACAGAUGAACACGGUGAUGUUGCUAACACAGAGAAACACGACUCUGAAUUAUCAACAGAAAAUGGUCGAAGAAGUGAUUUCAACUACAAUGACAUGUGGGAGAGUCUUUGGACCGAGCAUUACCAAGAAAGUUAUUGGUUCUAUUACAUACAGUUUCAAGAAUCCUACGAGCGCCAUUUAAAUCGUCAUCACCAAAAUGAAGACACUGUAUUAGAAGAGGUUUCCUCAUCAAAUAAUAAUCCAAAAGAGUUUAAUGUAGUCUCCAAUGGGACAUUGUCUCAUUCUAACUUUGGCAGUGUGUCCAAUGGAUUUCAAGAAACUCAAAGUAUUGAAAAUGAUAUUGGACAUUCUGUUGUGGAGAAUAAUGUCGAUGCAAUGUCAACAGAACAAUCCAGAACAGAUUCAGAAGACACAUUUCUUUCUCUCCAACAAAAUUCUGAUUUUUGUGAAAGUAAAGAAACCUGUUUGGAGAAGAUGAAUAAUGAAGAGGAUGAGGAUAAACCACCUGAAGAAUUACCAACAAAAUCGGUUAAAUGUUCACUGGUGAAAGAGUCUGAUAAACUCCACGAAGAAUUCAAACUGGAACCAACAGCUGACUCACAGCUGGAUUGCACAGCAGAGGGAUCUUCCAUGAUGGAAACUUUAGACAGUCUGGGAUUUAAUAUGUUCCAGGAAAAUUCUGCUCGAAAAGCUACUGUUUCCUCAAUUCAGUGGCGUCUUCAUCCGAAUACUUUGAGGCAUUAUUCUAAAGUAAAUACUGGAAAACAACCGGUUCACAUUUACUUUGAUGAUGAUGAUGAUGAGGAGGAGGAGGAUGUUGAUAAUGGUGAUGAUGAAAUGAGAGAAAAAUUCACUGACAAAGUUGAAGAACUCGAGAAAAACAAAGUGGUUCAGAAAGUGAAAAAGUUUCUCUCUGGAAUUGAACCUUUAACGGACAAAGCAGCAAAUCUUGGGAAUGAAGAGAAACUCCAUUCUUCAGAUUGUCCUGAAAAUGAUUCUGUUCCAUCUGCUGAAACCAAAAUUGAAACUCAAAUUCCAGACCCCUUGGAUUGUGUAAAAAAUAGUGAAGGAGUCAGUGAUACUCCUAGUGAGACAACACCAUCUUGUGAGGAUUCUGUUGCAAAACAAGGGGUACAUUUUGUAGACACUGUGAAACCAAAUUCAUCAACUGAAGGUUCUGACGAGAAAUGUCUGCAGAAAUUAAAACCUUCGGCUGGCAAAAGUAAAAAACAAAAACAGAAAAUGGAUAUUCCAGCUGAGAUAUUGGAAGACCAGACAUUAAGAAAAUAUUGGUCUCAAAGAUUCCGAUUGUUCUCCAGAUUUAAUAAAGGAGUCAAAUUACACAAAGACAGUUGGUUCUCGGUGACCCCAGAGAAGAUUGCUGAAUACGUGGCUGAGCGAUGUCGUUGCGAUGUUGUUGUGGAUGGUUUCUGUGGUGUAGGAGGCAAUGCUAUUCAGUUUGCCUUCACCUGUCAAUAUGUCAUUGCCAUUGACAUCGAUCCAGUGAAAGUAGGAUACGCACAGCACAAUGCGGAAUUGUAUGGUGUUGCUGACCGUAUUGAAUUCAUCGUUGGAGAUUUUCUACAAGUAGUCCCUCACUUGAAUGCUGUUGAUGUUGUGUACCUGGACCCACCUUGGGGUGGACCAAACUAUUUGACUGCCGAUGUGUUUGAUGUUGAGACCAUGGAACUCAAAGCUUCAGACAUAUUUGCUGCAGCCAGAAAGGUGACCAAUAAUGUUGCAUUUUCUGCCCCUCGCAACACCAGUACAGAGCAGUUGUGUAAAUUAGCAGGAGAACAUGGUAAAGUGGAGAUUGAACAAAAUAUUCUCAACAACAAAGUGAAGACAAUCACUGCGUAUUACGGAGAGUUGAUUGUGGAAAGGAAGUGAG